GGAUGCUAGAGAAGAGGGCCAAGAGACUUCCCAAGAGCUUUCUCCCACUCUCCCAUUGAUGUGCCCUGUGUCUCCAUGUGCUGGGGAUCUGUAAAAACAGGAUCCACUGGGAAUUUUUAGCACUUUGAGGUACAACAAUGGUGGCACCUGUGCUGUUCCAGUGGAUUCUGAGAGGGCUUAUUCUGACUUUUCUACUUAAAACUACUCUGUCCCUUAAUCCAGAUGAUCCAAAUGUUUGUAGUCACUGGGAAAGCUACGCCGUGACCGUGCAGGAAUCCUACGCUCACCCCUUUGACCAGAUCUACUACACACGAUGCACAGACAUCCUCAACUGGUUCAAGUGCACCAGGCACAGGAUCAGCUACAAGACCGCCUAUCGCAGGGGGCUGCGCACGAUGUACCGGCGGCGCUCGCAGUGCUGCCCCGGCUACUACGAGAGUGGGGACUACUGCAUACCACUGUGCACAGAGGAGUGUGUGCAUGGAAGAUGUGUCUCUCCUGACACGUGUCACUGCGAACCAGGCUGGGGAGGGACUGAUUGCUCAAGUGGCUGUGACAGCGAGCACUGGGGGCCCCACUGCAGCAACCGCUGCCAGUGCCAGAACGAAGCGCUCUGCAACCCCAUCACGGGCGCCUGCGUGUGCGCCGAUGGCUUCCGCGGCUGGCGCUGCGAGGAGCUCUGCGAGCCGGGCACCUACGGCAAGGGCUGCCACUUCCAGUGCCAGUGCCACCACGGGGCCACCUGCGACCACCAGACCGGAGAGUGCCACUGCGCGCCCGGCUACACCGGCGUAUUCUGCGAGGAGCUGUGUCCCCCCGGCAGCCACGGAGCGCAGUGCGAGCUGCGCUGCCCCUGCCAGAACGGGGGCGUUUGUCACCACAUCACUGGGGAGUGCUCCUGUCCUGCUGGAUGGAUGGGGCUGGUGUGUGCACAGCCUUGUCCUCCUGGAACCUUUGGAAUUAACUGCAGCCAGGACUGUCCAUGCCACAACGGAGGGCACUGUGACCCCGUGACAGGAAAAUGCCUGUGUGCAGCUGGCUAUAUAGGAGACAGGUGCCAGGAGGAGUGUCCCAUCGGCACCUACGGCUUCCAGUGCGCGCAGACCUGCGCCUGCCAGAACGGGGCCAAGUGCUACCACGUCAACGGGGCCUGCAUCUGUGACCCUGGCUUCAAAGGCAUCCACUGCCAGGAAAGAAUGUGUCCUGAAGGGUUCUAUGGCCUCAAGUGCAACAAGAGAUGCCCCUGCAAUAUUACCAACACCCUCAGUUGCCAUCCUCUGUCUGGGGAGUGCAGCUGCAAGGCUGGCUGGGCUGGGCUCUACUGCAACGAGACGUGUCCCGUGGGCUACUACGGCGAGGGCUGCCAGGUGCCCUGUCCCUGCCACAACGGGGCCGACUGUGACAGCAUCACUGGCAGCUGCAUCUGCGCCCCAGGCUUCAUGGGAGAUGACUGCACCAUUCCCUGCAUGGCAGGGACCUAUGGAACCAACUGCUCGUCGGUCUGUAACUGCAAGAACGAUGGCACUUGUUCCCCUGUGGACGGGCUGUGCUACUGCAAAGAAGGGUGGCAAGGAGUGGAUUGCUCUAUUCCCUGCUCAAGUGGAAGCUGGGGUCUGAACUGUAACCAGACGUGUUCCUGCAGCAAUGGAGCGUCCUGCAGGCCAGCUGAUGGCUUCUGCCUCUGCUCCCCAGGAUGGCAGGGGGAGUUCUGUGACCAGCCUUGUCCUGAUGGAACAUAUGGCCUUAACUGCAGCGAGCGUUGUGACUGCAGCCACGCGGACGGGUGUGACCCUGUCACCGGCUACUGCUGCUGCCUUGCAGGCUGGACAGGCAUCCACUGUGACAACAUCUGCACCCAGGGCCGCUGGGGACCCAACUGCUCCAUCUCCUGCAGCUGUGAGAACGGGGGAUCCUGCUCCCCUGAGGAUGGAACCUGUGACUGUGCACCGGGAUACAGAGGGCCCUUGUGCCAGAGAAUUUGCCCGCCCGGGUUUUACGGCCACCACUGCAGCCAGGCGUGUCCCCAGUGCGUGCACAGCAAUGGUCCCUGCCACCACGUGUCCGGGCUCUGCGACUGCCUGCCGGGCUUCUCGGGGCCCCUCUGCAACCAAGUGUGUCCCAGUGGGAAGUUUGGGAAGGACUGUGCCCAGGUGUGUCAGUGCACCGAGAACGGGACCUGCAACCCCAUCGACGGAUCCUGCCAGUGCUUCCCGGGCUGGAUAGGCAUGGACUGCUCCCAGACUUGUCCCACUGGGUUUUGGGGCCCUGAUUGCUUUCAUUCAUGCAACUGCCACAACGGAGCACUGUGCAGCCCCUACGAUGGAGAAUGUAGAUGUACCCAUGGCUGGACGGGGCUCUACUGCACUCAGCGUUGCCCAGCUGCUUUUUAUGGGAAGAACUGUGCCAGUGUGUGCCAGUGCCAGAACGGAGCUGACUGCGACCACAUCACGGGGCAGUGCACGUGCAGGACGGGCUUUACAGGCAAACAGUGUGAGCAGAAGUGCUCUCCAGGAACAUUUGGUUAUGGUUGCAAACAAUUGUGUGAGUGCAUGAACAAUGCAACGUGUGACCACGUCACAGGCACUUGCUACUGCAGUCCAGGCUUCAAAGGAAUCCGAUGUGAUCAAGCGGCUCUUAUGAUGGAAGAAUUAAACCCCUAUACUAAAAUUAGCCCUGCUCUUGGAUCAGAGAGGCACUCAGUGGGAGCAAUCAUUGGAAUUAUUAUUCUCCUUCUAAUUAUUAUGGUCUUGCUGGCACUCUUUGUGUGGUAUCGACGGAAACAGAAGGAGAAGGGCCAUGACAUGCCAAGUGUAUCUUACACUCCAGCCAUGAGGAUGACUAAUACAGAUUACUCACUUUCUGAUAUAUCCCAGGGUAGCAGCAGUGUUCAUUGUUUUUCCAAUCCAAGCUACCACACUCUCUCAUGUGGGGUGACUUCACGCUUCUUUCCCAGUAAUCUGGAUGGAAACAGCUCCUGUAAGCUCAGUAACAAAAUCCUUGACAGAGAAACUGCAGACUGGAGACCCUACAGCUAUCUGAAUGAACUAGGUGCUUGUGGGAUGGAUAGACGUCAGAACACAUACAUAAUGGAAAAAAGCUUCAAAGAUUAUAUGAAAGAAUCUGUGUGCAGCUCCAGCACUUGUUCCCUGAACAGCAGUGAAAACCCAUACGCCACCAUUAAAGACCCCCCCAUUUUAACCUGCAAACACUCCGAGAGCAGCUACGUGGAAAUGAAAUCACCUGGUCACAGGGAGUCCCCGUAUUCCGAAAUGCCAACUUCAUCAACAGCCAAUAAAAACAUCUACGAAGUUGAGCCCACUGUCAGCAUAGUCCAAGAUGCCCGCAGCCGGAGUGCCAGCUACCUUCAGAACCCCUAUGACCUGCCUAGGAACAGCCACAUUCCUGGGCACUACGACCUGCUGCCCGUCCGGCACAGCCCCACGCACGGGCCUUCCUGGGACAAGCAGUCCUAGAGGGAUGGACUUCACUGGGCACUGUGCUGCCAACACAGACUGCGAGGAAGCAGAGGAGAAGCCAUUCCUUCAUUUUCUGCGGACUGGCAAGGACUUAACAUGACAUCAGCUUGGGCCAACUGCUGCUGCAUGAUGUUAUUUAUAAAGACAUUUUUGUAUGGGUACCUGAAACUAAUGAGAGCCUCCUCCACGUGGGACUGGAGCACAUCACCCCAAGAAGGUGUCUUCAUGCUCCAGGCAAAAACUCUCUGUGGCGUGUUCUAACCCUGGCUUUGCUGUAAAAUAAACCACAAAAACAUGCUAAGUAGAAGGACUUCAGGAUGUACAUUUCUACUGAUUGCAGCAAGAAACCUUCUACUGUUAGGAACAAGGUGACUAGGAAUAUGCUGGAAUUUAUUUUCAUCUUUGUCAUGGGAAAGGACAUUUUUCUGAAUGAGAGCAGGGAAACUUGUCAUUUCACUGUCUGGAAAGCUCAUUUACUGCCAUCACCAUGUGCAACCUCUGCAGAUCAUGCUUGGUAAUUAGCAUUGAGAUUGUCAUCUCUGCGUUCAGUACCAGAGAAUUUGAGUUGAGGAAUAUUAACAGACAGUUUCUGUGCAGUUUUUGAUAUCUUUCCACACAUCCCCUGAUCUUUGCUAACGAAUGGAGUUUCCACAAUGAGCCUCACACUCACUUACCACACUUUUAAUGUUGAUUGGCACAGGUAGGCUUUGAUUUUCCUUUUGCAGCUUCUAUUUUGGUAGCUAAAUCCAGCAGAUCUGUCAGGCAGUUUAAACUGCUGCCCCUCCAAUUCCUGCCCUGGGACGCUGCAGGUUUGCACAGACCAGCCCUGGUUUCAUUUCCUUUCUCAAGGCUGAGCCACAUGGGCUUCUCUCUCCCAUCUUCCCAAACCAUCUCCUCAUGAUUCACUCUCAGCAUGCCACUGAUGACACCUCUUAAUCUGAUGUGCAUUACCAUGUAGUGCAACUUUACCCGUUGAUGAUUCUACCUGAAAUGUCAUCAAAUGGAGCUGAAACUGGGUUUUCUUUUUCAGCAGCUGUUUGUGAAGUAGUUAUCAAGGGUCUGACCCAUGGUAAAAUUUUGGACUGAGCCACCAUGAUAUUUUUUUUAAUUUAUAAUCUCUAUUGACCUAGAAAGUAGAGUACUUGCCGUUAGUUCCUUGUAGAUUUUGAGCAUGAAGUAGUAUUGACUCUAAGUAUGUAAUUUUAUUAGGCAAAUGUGGAAAUAGCAAGUUGAUUGCCUUUUAAAUAUAAAAAAUAUUCUGUUGCACAUACACAGUCUGAUGGAAGCAGAAGAGGAUGACACCAGCCCCGUGGGUUUGCUCACAGCACGAUCCCAGGAGUGAUCUGCAGGGCUCAGGACUGGCAAGAGGAGCCCUCCAGCUCAGGGGCAGCAGCUGGAUCCCAGCUCUGGGAAUACUCCUGGAUUUUUGGAGCACCGUGGUGGGAUCCAGCUGUGUCUCCACAGAUGGGCUCAGCCCACACGCCUGGGAUCACAGCCCCUGGCUCUGGGCAUUCUGCCCCUGGGAGCCUUUCCCCUUGGAGCCAGGACUCUCCAGGUGGUCAGGCUGGCUCUGAACCCCCAGCCUGAGCCUGGACACCCCCGGGACACCCCCAGGCUCCUGCAGGAUCCUGCCCAUGAGGUUUCCCAAAUGCUGCAUGUGUGCAUGGGGACCAUGGCUGAUCAGCAAUAGCAAUUUUGUUUUCCAGGAAAGCCUUAUUUGAGAUGUAAGGAAACAAUUAUUUUGUAGGCCCAGUAGAAAUAUAUUUUGCAUCCAUGAAUAGAAAGAUUUACCUCAAAAAUAUCAAGAGAAAGGCAGUUGGAUAAGGAAUACUCUUGUUAGGACCCACCUUGGCACCCAGCACAAGCAGGCUGGCCUGACCCAGGUUUGUGUGUUGCUGCAGUUUGCAAUGAGACUCCAGAGAGCAGAGAUGUGCUCAGUUGUUUGGUUUUUUUCAAAGCAGGAUUUUGAAACCAAAUGCAAUGAUGUGCAUAGAGCUUAACAGGAAAAAAAACCCAACAAAACCAACAAAAAAAAGUACCUUCUUGUAUAUCAGCGUUAGCUUAGGAAACAGGCACCAAAAUGGCAAUACUUUUUUAAGGCAAGACAGAUUUGUAAUAUAUUUGUUCACUGUGCAAAGGUAUCCUACCUUGUACAAAAUAAAUUGAAUUUCUCUCAAUGUGUAGUUCUCCAACGUACUCAUUUGCAGAGCCAAACUUCCAGCCCUGCACAGAUCCGAGCUCUCCGGGUGAUGUGGCUGCUCCCCUCAGCCAGAACCCCCCAGGCACCAGGUUAGGACAGAACUGGCAGGAUGGCUCAGAAAACCCAGUGCUGCCAUUCCAAGUUGGAGUAAACCAAAGGUAAGCAGCUCUGCACACCCUUCUCCCAGCUCCUCAGCAGUCUGACCUCAGUGAGACUCCUGGGAAUGCUCAAUCCCAGCUGGAAGGGGCCCUGCACACCCACCAGGUGUGGUGACACUGCCCUGGGCCACUCACAGGUUCCCAGGCCUUCGGGUGGACACUUGGGGACCACGGUCACCCAGCAGCCAUGGGACAGGACACGAGGCAGCCCAGCAGCUCCCAGGGAGCCCAGUGAAUAAAUCACAGAUUUGCAGUGGAAACACCUUCAGAAUUAAUGAGUUCCAGGCAAUGCAGCCACUGUUAUGUGCUGAAGCUUUUCAAUAUUUGUGCUUCGUAUUUCUAAAAAUCUUGUUAACUAAAGCCCAGCGUGUAAUCUUCUUAUUUGACAAGCCACACUCAAUAAGCUAUUUAAGGCUGGAAAUUCAUCAGGUCUGAAUUUAUAGAAUAAGUAAUUCUAGCUUAAUAAAAAUGUCUUUAAAUCAGAACAAUUCCAUGUCCUUUCUGCUUUAGAGUCAAAACCUCAACUCCCAUCAAAGACAGGAACCACUGACACUCGCUGAGUAAUUGUUAAAAGUUGGGGCUAUCAAGUAUGUAGAUGACAGCAAAAACUUUUGGCAAGCAAAGCCCAUUUUGAAGCAUUAUGUGGAAUUCCCAGAAUCUCAGAAAGCUCCUUCCAGGGCCCAAAGCAGUGUCUGAUACCAUCAGACAGUUGUCUUCCAUGAGCAGGGAGGAGACACUUGAGUACACAAGUAGUGCCAGUUAUGGAACAGAAGGAUAAAUCAGUAGCUGAACAGGACAAUCCCCCAUUGGAAAGCAUUCAGAUGGAAUAAUGACUUGCAUUGUUUCUCCCAAAACACCUCUGGUAGCACCUUCCUGUCCCAGGAGUGUCACCCAGCCUAGGCCAGGAUCUGCAUCCAGAUCCCUGCAAUCCUUAGGAAAACAUAGCACAGACCCCCAGAACAGGAGGCAAAGCAUUUCCCAGGUGAGAAGUUCCUUUUCUGUACACACCCCACUGGAUUUUGCUUUCAAAGUCCUCAGCCUCCCACAGUGGUUUGUGCUCCCAGCAUCUGCACUGCAAUUCCAUCUGCUGCAGGAGUUUUGCCUAAAACCACACAAAAUCCAGACUGAUGUGACAGCAGAGUCAAAUCACCUGCUUAUAGGAAUGAGACAAGGAAGCAGAGUGAAACUCAUCCUGCAUUUCCAGCUGACAAAUUUAGAACAUGGCUGCCAAAGGAAAUCAAUUCAUUCCAAAAUCUGCUCCCGUAUGGGCAGAGGAUGUGCUGCAAGAACAGCUCCUGCAGUGAGCGAGGGGCUGGGCUCACAGGUCACCCUCAGAGCAGUCCCCAGCGCCACCAGUGCUCCCCCGUUGGUGCUCAUGGUCACAACACCCUGCUACACACCUGGGUGACAACACCCUGUUCAGGAGAGAUCCCACCUUUCAUCAGGACACCACAGCAGGAUCCAAAGCUUCCAUCAUCUGCUGCAGAAGGCAGGAGUUCGUCUCCCACCGGAUUUUCUUCCUCGUGGCAACAUGGGGAAAAAAACAGGUUUGUAAAAAUUAUUCAGAGGUUUGAGUAGAGUGAACCCACAGAAUUUUCUAAGCUUCAAAGCUUCCUGAAGCUGCCAAAGUGCCCUGGCUACAAACUGCAGCAGCCCCAGGAAGCUGAGAGCUGCUCUCAGGGAAGGCAACUGUGCUACACAACCUUUGCAGCUCCUUUUCCAGGGACACUUCCACUUCAUUGUCUUCUCACUGCCUCCUGCAAGAAGCUCAUAAGGUAAAACCUUCAGGUCAAAUCCCAAUUCUCCCAAGAAGUGCACCCAACACCACAGUGAGUUGUCCCCUGUAAUUCUUUAUUAGAAUCAUGGAUGAAUAUAUUUUAAAUCAAUCUAAAAAAAUAACGAAUCAAAGUACAGUACAUGCAUAAAAUACAAAGUAAUUUACAAACAGAUCAAAAUAGCAUCUUCAGAACUAAUACCAGGAGGAGAAAUGGAGUAAAAAACAAGAAGUGACCGACUACAGCAAUGCCUUCCGUGUGCCUCACACGUCAUGAGCACCGCGAGACAGAAAGGUUGGGAACAGAACACAGCUGGAAGUGCCAACCACAUCUGGAUCUUCCAAGUGGGUCAUAUCAGAGUUUGAGAAACGUCCCCUACAAUCAAUUACUUCCCUAUAAUUGUAUAAAUAACUGCAGACAUUUGCACAACAGAGUUCCUUUAAAUCCUGUGGGAAUGCAGUGGCUGUGGCCCCCAAUGCCAGUGUCAUGCGUGCUCAGGAACAGCACAGAGCGAGUGACAGAA